CCAUUUUUUUUUUUGCCAGUGCUGCCACCAUUUGCUGAUUCUGCUUCUGCUACUUACAAUUUUUUCAAGUCUCAACAUGGACGUUUCCCAUAGAAAGAGAACUUUGCUUAAGGUCAUUGUUCUUGGUGAUAGUGGGGUGGGGAAGACGUCUUUGAUGAAUCAAUACGUUUAUAAAAAAUUCAGCCCGCAGUAUAAAGCCACGAUCGGUGCUGAUUUUGUUACAAAGGAGAUACAACUUGAUGACAAACUCGUAACUUUGCAGAUUUGGGAUACGGCAGGACAGGAAAGGUUCCAUAGUCUUGGUGCUGCAUUUUACAGAGGAGCAGAUUGCUGUGUUCUGGUAUAUGAUGUAAAUAUACACAAGACAUUUGAUACACUAAACAAUUGGCAUGAUGAUUUUCUUAAGCAGGUGUGUUUGUGUACUGUAUUCCAAGCCUCUUCUUUUUAUGUGAAUGAUCGUGAAGCAUUCCCCUUUGUAUUACUUGGGAACAAGGUUGACGUAGCCGGUGGAAAGAGUAGAAGGGUUACUGAAAAGAAAGCAAGGGAAUGGUGUGAUUCUCGGGGAAACAUACCAUACUUUGAAACCUCUGCAAAAGAAGGCUACAAUGUUGAGGAGGCUUUUUUAUGUGUUGCUAAAAUUGCACUACAAAAUGAACAUGAAUUAGACAUUUAUUUUCGAGGAAUCUCUGAAACUGUUUCAGAAGCAGAACAACGAAGUGGUUGUGCAUGCUGAAGUUUGAUGUUUAGAGGAUGAAUGUGUAUGAUUUUGUGCUCUGGUACAGUGUCAUUUGGUUGAAUAAUUGGUCUUUAUUUUAAUCCCGAAAUCGUUGCACGUUUCUAAAUCUCAAUAUGCAUGGAAAACCUUUCUCUUUUCUGUCGACACGAAAUUUUAGUUUAAUGCUCGAACCAAAUAGUUAUGUAAAUCUUUUUUGAAUAUUUU